GAGCAUCACUAGUGUCCAAACAUCCCAUCAGCCGCAAACAUCGUGUCUGACUUUCUCCUUUUUUUUCUGGCUUUAACUGCGGCGAUCGUCUCUCCCCACCAAUUUACCAGGACUGCCGUUGCUGCAGCUGCUUCUUCUCCAAACCAAGCGAUUGCUCCUAAUAUUUCUUAAAGUGCUGGCUUGUUCUGUAACCUCAGCAGGGUCAAUGUAUAUAGACGCGUUCAAACGGAUCCUCUUUGAAAGGCUGAACUGCUUGAAGAGAAUGUGUGUGUGUCAGCGACAUGGCAGCUCAUUUGCCAUGUCUAAGACAGCGGUGAAGAAGCUGCACUGGCGGUCCAAUGUGCAGGACACCUUUGUCCUUCUGCUUGGGGAAUCAGGAGAGGUGGGGGUCGCGAUAGGUGGCGGAGCAGAUUAUGGAGAGUUUCCUUUUGUCACAUCGGCUCCGGGCGGCGGCAUCACAGUGGGAGAUGUCAUCCUAGAGAUCGGGGGAACACCUGUAUUGGGGAUGACUUUAGGUGAUGUCCGAGGAGUCCUAAACUCGUGCCCCCAUCCUGUCCGAAUCAAAACUGUUUCACCAGGCUCCACAUUGUGCAAAGAUCUCAGGUUAUAUCUGAGUAAGUGCUUCACACCCGGCUCCGUAGACAGCCAGCUUCAGCAGGUCAUCAGAGAGAACCUCUACCUUCGAGCCGUACCCUGUACAACCAGACAUCCCAGAGAUGGGGAAAUAUCAGGGGUAGACUACAACUUUGUCUCCGUGGAAGAGUUUUUCUCUUUGGAAGAGUCCGGAGCGCUGCUGGAGAGCGGAAAAUUCAAAGGGAAUUACUACGGCACACCUCGGCCUGUUCAUAUAGGUCCAGAGAGCCCCCCCAUCACCUACCAGGAACACCGUAAUCUGCUGAGAAACUUCCGCACACGCAGCAAAUCCCUCAGCAACCUGGAAAAGGCUGUAGACGAAGGCAUAAACAGCGAAGACGACUUAGUCACUACAGGAGGCUCUGCAGGAGUAGGCAUUCCUAUUGGGCAUCGGUCCCCUGGUCGGCCGCGGGCGUCCAGCAGCGGAGGUGAGGGUCAUGGCUUAGAGAAUGGGAUCAUCGGCAGCAGAAGAGGUGCCAGAAUCAGAGGCAUGAUGUAUGAUCACUGGGAGCAGGCCUUCAGUGACCCUGGAGAACCACUUUACAUAGAGCGCAGCCCUAGGAGGACCAGCUGGCUGGGCCCUCAUGCCUCAAGCAGAGAGAUGAACUACAAAAAUGAAUGGUUCACGGACCAGCCUGAGGACCUGAGGGGUUUCCCUAUCCAUGCACACUUGAUCAAAGGCUCCAGAGGCUUUGGUUUCAACAUAGUUGGAGGCAGCAGGCCAAGAGAGUUUUUGCAAGUCUACAGUGUGACAGCAAGUGGUCCUUCCACUCUUAAGACAGCGGACAUACUGGUGUACAUCAACGAUACGUGUGUGUUGGGAAUGUCUCAUAAAGAGGCUGUAGAGAUGCUCAAAGCAGUGCCUGUGGGCCAUAGCAUAGACAUAGAGGUAAGAAGGGGUUAUCCGAUGCUCUACAACCCCGACGGUCGUCCCAAGCAUUCCUCACCAAGAUCCCUGGACAGUGAGGAUCACAAUGUAGCACCUACAACUACCCAGCCACAACCUCUGCACCAGCUACCUCGUCUUUCAACACCUUCACCACAGAGUCAACAUUUUAAUGGUUUCCACAGCGACAGAGGCUACGUGGAACAUGGCGUGACUCUUGAUGCCAAUGGAAAUGCCACAUCUUAUGCUUCUAGACUGCCUCCACCAUACAGAGGCUCUAACAUGAGCAAUGUAGCACCGUUCUCCCCAGUUCGGCUGCCUCGGUCGCACAGGGGUUUCGCCAGGUUGCAGUCGCUGGACCCGACACUGGCCAGUCAGAGCGACAGUGAGGUUGUGUCCGCAGUUGGUUCACACAGGGCGUCAAUGAUCCGAAAUCACAACAACAACUCCCUUUCAACACCACAACACCAUUUACGUUAUGGUAAUUCAAAGUCAUCUGAAAGUGACCUGUCAACAUGCACAAUGCCAGGGACCCGGCUGCCACUCCCAGAGUCUCCAAGAAGACCCUCCUCUUCCCCAGGUGGUCAACGCAGCACUCAUUCCCAAAUUUUUAGACCACAGACUUCCCAUCUCAGACCACCUCCCACAAGAGAAAGCCCUCACCAUCACAUUGUCAAUGGUUUUCAUGGCAACACCAGCCCCACUGCCAGCCCCACCAACGUUUCCUCUCCUGGUGCUUUAAGUGUGGGUAGUGGGUUUGGGGGAUUCAUUGGAGGGGAAGUUGUUCCAGUGGCCUUGGCACAGACUGCAGGAGACCAGGGCCUUGGUUUCAGCCUGAAAGCUGGUGGCUCUGGUGGCAGGUUGACUGUAGUGGAGCGAGUCUGGGAUAGAAAGCAGUGUAACUCCUUACAACCGGGAGAUGCUGUUGUCAAGAUCAAUGGAGCUGAUGUCCAGAGUCUCACACCUUUGCAGAUACAAACAAUCCUACAGGAACACACAAAACAGGGAGAAGUUAUUCUGCUGGUGUACAGAGGAGGCAUCUAUAACUCUGUUUCUCCGGCCUCUGUUCGGAGACUUCCUCCACCUCUGCUACAUCCUCCUCCUCCUCCUGUUGACACGGACAAUACGUCUUUGCUCCCGGAGGCCUUGCCUGUGCCCCGCACCUCCACAAGCAACCCUUCUUCUCCGCGCCUCACAAGUUCCGCUUUGAUCCAAAGCACCAGUUUUUUGGAGUCAAUUCCAGUGACCCUGACCAUGGAGCCCAAAGACUGGAUAGACAUUGGCCUGGAAGAUGAGGCUGGUGGUGGUGUGUCUGUGCCUGAAGCAAGUCUGGAGAAGCGAAAGGGUGAACGAACACGUCGUUUUAGAGGGAUCGAAGUGGAACUGAAGAGAAAGCCAGGGGAGGGGUUUGGGUUUGUGAUUGCCUCUCAGGACUUGGUGAAUGGAAGAGCUAAUCAGAGAGCCAUGCUGGAGAGACUACAGUCCGCUUUGAAAACUGUGAAGGAGUCUAAACCCGCCUCCCUUCUUCCUCACCGCUUCGUCACUGUCAGACGCGGCAGUCCCGCUGCGAAGAGCGGCCAGAUCAGGCCCGGAGAUCGUUUGGAGGCUGUUGAUGGUCGCUCAGUGGUAUCUGUGCCUCAUCGAGAGCUCGCUCAGAUUCUUCGCAGAGCAGGAAACACUCUACGUCUUACCAUCGUUCCCCGGCCCAGCGCCUAUUCCUCCAACAAUAUAGAGGCGGCCGAACAUGAUCAUGGUCACAGAAGCAGAAAGGGUCAGAGGUCACGCCCAAAGCGUGACUCUAGGUACUACAGUGUGGACCUAGAUCGAGGCCCCUCAGGCUUUGGCUUCAGCCUCCGAGGGGGAAGUGAGUACAAUAUGGGCCUCUAUGUCCUGGGACUGAUGGAGGGGGGUCCCGCAUCACGGAGCCAAAAGAUACAGGUGAGCGACCAGCUUGUGGAAAUCAAUGGAGACAGUACGACGGGGAUGACCCACAGCCAAGCAGUGGAGAUGAUCCGCCGAGGAGGCCACCGAAUCCAUCUGGUCCUCAAGAGGGGGAACGGAUAUGUGCCAGAUUAUGGCCAUGAGCACAGAAUCACCUCCCCCUCCCUGCUGUACAACCCCAAAGAGCAGGGUUUGGCUGCAGUAAACUCCACCGGAAGGAGGGGGCGUCGCUCCAAUCAGAAAAGGAGAAGCAGAUCGGUGGGAGACGUGAGGGGGAAUGAGGCGAGCAGAGGAAGAAGAAGAAGAAGGCGGGGCUCUGUAGGAGGAGAACGCUUACGGAGCCCCAUCUCUGAGCGACGGGAGAGUUCUCGCGAGGAUAGGGAGAGGAGGAGGAAAGGGAGAUCUCAAAGUUUACCAAGAGAUGUUACCAGGAAAUAUGAAGAUGAUGACAAUGAGACAGUAAGGGGAAGAAAAAGGGACAAGGAAAGCAGAAGGAGAAGACAUAGAGAGAGAGAAAGCAGGAGCCUAGAGAGGAGGAGGAUGACAGAGGGAGAGGAGUCUGAGCAGGGAGAGGAAGAGCAGGAAGCACCUGCUGUUCAGGAGAUGCAGGAGGAGGAAAGAGAGGAGGAACUGGAGGGAAUAGUGGACUUAUCAGAGAGUGAAGAAGAUAAUGUUUUCCUACCUAUUCCAAGCCCCAUCCAUAGACUUCCCAGACCUAAAGAAAGCUGGCAGGUGCAAUCUGAGGAAAACUGGGACAUGGCAGCAGCGUACCGGGAACUUCAGAGAGACGAGAGUCAGGAGCAAAUACAGGAAGAGGCUCCAGAAACCGAGCUGAAUGAGGUCCAAGAAAACUACGACACAGAGUCAGUGAACUCCGAGAGGCCUUUACCAGGUGUCGCUCUUUCAGAUCCGGGGUUACACAGAGAGCCCUUCUCCUUCCUCAACUCCUCAUGGUCUGUGAACCAACUGGGAGAAACUGAGUCAGAGUCUGGAGACAGUCAGUCUGAAGGCAGCCUCUCUGCCGCCAGUAUUUCAGGGCUUUCUGUCGCCACAGGCGCCCUGCCGGGCCCAUGGCUCGCACCGGUUCAGUUUGUGGGAGAGAAACAAAGGCGCCAUGGGAGAAGGACGGGUCAGAGGGGAAGAAGAGGCGCUGUCUCCUGACUGUUAAUUGGAAAUAAAUCACGCAGCAUCCGAUUCUCUUUCACACCCUGUUCAAUUUCUACUUGUUUUCCCCAAAGCUCCCCUUUCUCUGAGUCACCUUAUUACCUACAGUAGAGCUCGUAUUCUUUGUGCCUUUCUUGCAGCCAAUCUCUGGACGAUGCCACAUUUCAGUUUGAGCCUCCCUCAGCAUUAUUCGCGUCUUUCCAGAGCACUGUAGCACAUUUGGUUUGAAUCCAUACAAAUGUUCCCCUUCCCUUCUGCUGGUCGAUCGCCUGCCCCCUCAGCUUCCCUCUGAGCAUUUACUCUCCCUUACAGCAAAGACUUUUACCUCAUGAAGAUACUGAGCAAUAAAAAUGCUGCGGCCGUCCAAGACUAUCAGCAUCCAUAUGCCCUCCACUGCAUCUGUGUGACGUGUCUGUACAGUAACCUUGUCUUAUUGUGUAUGUGAGCCCCUUUUUUGAGGCUGCUGAAUUCUGUAAAUAUCUGUAAAGAAAUCAUAUAAGUUUAUUGCAAUUAUCAUAACUAGAAAAGCCUGGAUUUGUAUACCUUUAUUGAAAUACUCAUGAUUAUUCUAUAUAUUUGAAUAUAUAUAUUUACCAAAUACACACAUAUGUAUAUAUAUAUAUCUUGAAAAUAACAGGUAACUGAUCAUUUUUUAUUGUUGUGUGAUGAUGUGGUACUCAAACAUUUGUAACAGCAGAUAUCCAGUGCCUUCCAAACGGAUUCACACCCUUUCAACUUUACUUUCCCUUCAUUUUUGGCCUUUUGUCAUGUUCCAACCAUAAAAUGCAGUAAUUGGAUUGGGAUUUUUAUUUUUUAUAUUUUUUUUUGGAUAGACUGAAUAUUUUAUAAAUAAAAAUCUAAAAAGUGUGGCGUGCAUUUGUAUUCAACACUUUCCCCCUCCUCAAGGCGAUAUUCUGUAAAGCCACGCUUUGCUGCACCUAAUUGAUUUAAGCCAGUACUUUGACUAGGUCAUUUUGAUACUU